AUGUCUCAGCUCUUCGGAUUCGCUGGAAGCGACGACUUUUACUCUGGGGGCACAGUAUACACCAACCCCAAGGACACGAGCCUCUUUUUGCCGCUUGGUCACCAUGUCGAUCUAUACUAUCCUUCGCGCAAGAGGUCUCGCGUCAGUGUGCCCUUCAUCUUUGAUAGAGGUAUGUUUGAGCCAAAGAAGCAGACUUCUAUCGAGCUUCUGCCCGAUGAGUGUCUAUUUGAGGUCUUCAGACGCUUGGAGGGACAAGAAAGGAGCGCUUGUGCAUGUGUUUCAAAGCACUUUCUUUACCUUCUCAGCAGCAUCCGCCGGAAAGAGCUUAGCCAUGUGAAAGUUACAGAAACUGUGGUUUCUAAAUCUGUUGAAGAAACUGAAGGUGAUGGUUACCUUUCAAGGAGCUUGGAGGGGAAGAAGGCUACAGAUGUAAAAGUUGCAGCCAUUGCAGUUGGAACUGCUACUCGCGGUGGAUUGGGCAAGCUUUCCAUUCGUGGUUGCAAUUCGAGUCGUAAGGUGACAGAUGUUGGCCUUAAAGCUGUUGGCCGCUGCUGCCCUUCCCUAAGGGUACUUUCUCUCUGGAAAUUGUCAUCUGUGACUGAUGAGGGGCUUUGUGAAAUUGCCGAAGGAUGCCGCCAGCUAGAGAAGCUUGAUCUCUGUCAGUGCCCCGGAAUCACAGACAAGGGCUUGCAGGCUAUUGCAAGGAAUUGUCCCAGUCUUACAGACCUUACAAUAGAGUCGUGUGGGAACAUUGGGAAUCAAGGCCUGCAAGCUAUUGGCCAGUCUUGUGCCAAUAUAAAGUCUGUCUCGAUUAAGAACUGUCCAGCUGUUGGUGAUCAAGGAAUUGCUGGCCUGGUAUCGUCUGCUUCAUAUGCCUUGACAAAGGUGAAGCUUCAGGCUUUGACCAUCAGUGAUGUGUCUUUAGCUGUGAUUGGACACUAUGGCAAGUCGGUUACAGAUCUUAGCCUUUCCAGCCUUCCAAAUGUCAGUGAAAGGGGAUUUUGGGUCAUGGGCAAUGGCCAUGGUCUACAGAAAUUGAGGUCCCUUGCUGUGACAUCCUGCCCUGGGGCCACUGAUGCUGGGAUCAAGUCGGUGGCCAAGGGUUGUCCAAAUUUGAAGCGGUUAUCUAUCAACAAAUGUGCAUUCCUAUCCGACAAUGGGUUAGUUGCAUUCGUGAAGUUCUCAGCAGCACUAGAGAGCGUGCAAUUGGAGGAGUGCCACAGGAUCACCCAGUUUGGGUUUUUUGGUUCCCUUUUAAACUGUGGCACAAAGCUGAAAGCUUUCUCUCUGGUGAACUGCAUGGGCAUUAGGGACUUGACUGCUGAAACACCUUUGCCGCCUUCCCAGUGUGAAUCCCUUCAGUCAGUGUCCAUCCGCAACUGCCCUGGGUUUGGUGAUGGUAGCUUGGCCUUUUUGAGCAGCCUGUGUCCUCAACUGCAGAAUUUGGAAUUCACCGGUCUUCAGGGUGUGACUGAUUCUGGGCUGAUCCAAGUACUCGAGAUGUGCAAGUCCGGGUUAGUGAAGGUCAAUCUCAGUGGUUGCACCAAUUUAUCCGACAGAGUUGUGAUGGAGAUGGGUGAGCACCACGGUUGGACCCUCGAGACCCUGAAUCUCGAGGGUUGUAGCAGGAUCACCGAUGCAAGUUUGGUGUCUAUUGCAAAAAGCUGCCUUUUGAUCAGUGAUCUUGAUGUCUCAAGAUGCUCAAUCACUGAUGGUGGUGUUGGAUCCCUGGCUGCUUCUUCUGGCCUGCUCGGUCUGCAGGUCUUCUCUAUCUCAGGUUGUUCCAUGGUAUCAGAUAAGAGUAUUAAAAGCCUGGUGAAGUUGGGACAGACUCUGUUGGGGUUGAAUCUUCAGCACUGCAGUGGAAUCAGUAGCCGCACCUCGGAACUACUUGUGGAACAACUGUGGAGGUGUGAUGUGCUUUAUUGA